GAAGAUUAGAGAGACAUUUCUUUCAAAACUCAUUGCCAUCAUUCUAUUGAAAUGCCGGUCGAAAAUCUAGAAGAAGAGGGCCUGCCAAAGAAUCCAAACCUUGAACUAGCAGCAUGGCGCUUUACUUUAACGAAUCCAGAUGGAAAAAACAAGGUAGACGCGAAGAAAAGGCUCUUGGAAGCCGUGAAAGAAAAUGAUAUGGCUCCAUUGUAUGAAGAGCUCUGUACAGAGCUUAAAUGGGAUGUAGACAACUCUCUGCUGGCAACGAUGCAUUCAAAUAAUGAAGAAAUGGUUAAGAAGCUUGAUGAGACACUAAAAGAUGCCGAGGAAAACUUGGGAGAAACAGAAAUCAGAGAUGCUUUAUAUGCCAAAGCAGAAUAUCUUUGUAAGAUUGGAGAUAAGGAAAAGGCUCUGAGUGUUUUUCGUCUGGCCUAUGACAAAGCUGUAGCACUUGGAUACAAACUGGACAUAAUUUUUUACCAGAUACGCAUUGGUUUGUUUUACUUGGAUAAUGAUCUGAUUACUAGGAGUAUAGACAAGGCGAAGAUGUUAAUAGAAGAGGGCGGAGAUUGGGAUCGUCGUAACAGGCUUAAAGUGUACCAAGGAAUUUAUUUUCUAUCCAUCCGCGAUUUCAAGUCUGCAGCCAGUAAUUUCUUGGAUAGCAUUUCCACAUUUACUUCCUAUGAACUGAUGGACUACAAAACAUUUGUCACCUACACUGUUCUUGCAAGUAUGAUCGCACUAGAACGGGUUGAUCUCAGAACAAAGGUGGUAAAUGGUGCAGAAAUCCUUGAAGUUCUCCAUCAGCUUCCUGUCACCAGCCAGUUCCUUUUGUCCUUUUACAACUGCCACUAUGCAGAUUUCUUCCUUGCAUUGGCAAAAAUUGAGGACUUCUUGAAGCAAGACAGGUUGCUAGCACCACACUGCAGAUACUAUGUCAGAGAGAUGCGAAUUCAGGCCUACACACAGCUGCUGGAGUCUUACCGCAGUCUCACAUUACAAUACAUGGCUAAUGCCUUUGGAGUUAGUGAGGAGUUUAUUGAUAGGGAACUUUCACGAUUCAUCGCAGCAGGGAGAUUGAACUGUAAAAUUGACAAAGUUGGAGGGGUUGUGGAAACCAAUAGGCCUGAUCAUAAGAAUUGGCAGUAUCAGGCCACCAUAAAACAGGGGGAUCUUCUCCUAAACAGAAUCCAGAAACUCAGCCGUGUCAUAAACAUGUAACAACAGUCAUGAACCAUUUCAACUUUUUUUUAGUAAUAACAAACUUUCCCUCCUACUGAAGAUCAAUCUAAGGUUACAAAAUAUAGUUAUUUAAAAUGCUUUUUUGUAAACAGUACCAUUUUGAUUUAGACAAAGAAUGUCUCUGACAGAAAAUAAAGAUGUCCUUUGGAUGAAAUAACAUUCA